AUCUCAGACUCAGACAAGAGUGCUGUGACUACACUGAUCUCAUCAGUUGAGCAGUAGCAGCAGCAGAUCGAGCUGAGAGCUGAAGUAGUGAGGCAUCUAGCUAAUUAGCCAGAAGGGUAGUAGAGAGAGAGAGAGAGAGCAUCAGUUACCAUGGCGUCCGGCAGCGGCAGUGGCUUGGCGGAGGAGAAGGCGGCGGCGGGUGACGAGCAGCUGGUGGAGUCGUCGUCGGAGGGGGAGGGGAGGAAGGAGGGGUCGCGGCUGUCGGGGCUGCUGUGGCACGGCGGGUCGGCGUACGACGCGUGGUUCAGCUGCGCGUCGAACCAGGUGGCGCAGGUGCUGCUGACGCUGCCCUACUCGUUCGCGCAGCUGGGCAUGGCGAGCGGCAUCCUCUUCCAGCUCUUCUACGGCCUCCUCGGCAGCUGGACCGCCUACCUCAUCAGCAUCCUCUACCUCGAGUACCGCACCCGCCGCGAGCGCGACAAGUUCGACUUCCGCAACCACGUCAUCCAGUGGUUCGAGGUGCUGGAUGGGCUGCUGGGGAGGCACUGGAGGAACGUGGGGCUGGCGUUCAACUGCACGUUCCUGGUGUUCGGGUCGGUGAUCCAGCUGAUCGGGUGCGCCAGCAACAUCUACUACGUGAACGACCGCCUGGACAAGCGCACCUGGACCUACGUCUUCGGCGCCUGCUGCGCCACCACCGUCUUCAUCCCCUCCUUCCACAACUACCGCAUCUGGUCCUUCCUCGGCCUCCUCAUGACCACCUACACCGCCUGGUACAUCGCCCUCGCCUCCCUCAUCCACGGCCAGGUGGAGGGGGUGGCGCACUCGGGGCCCACAAGCAUCGUGCUGUACUUCACGGGGGCCACCAACAUCCUCUACACCUUCGGGGGCCACGCUGUCACCGUGGAGAUCAUGCACGCGAUGUGGCGGCCGCAGAAGUUCAAGGCGAUCUACCUGCUGGCGACGGUGUACGUGCUGACGCUGACGCUGCCGUCGGCGGCGGCGGCGUACUGGGCGUUCGGCGACGAGCUGCUGACGCACUCCAACGCGCUGGCGCUGCUGCCGAGGACGCCGUGGCGCGACGCCGCCGUGGUGCUCAUGCUCAUCCACCAGUUCAUCACCUUCGGCUUCGCCUGCACCCCGCUCUACUUCGUGUGGGAGAAGCUGGUGGGGCUCCACGGCUGCGCCUCGCUCUGCAAGCGCGCCGCCGCCAGGCUCCCCGUCGUCGUCCCCAUCUGGUUCCUCGCCAUCAUCUUCCCCUUCUUCGGCCCCAUCAACUCCGCCGUCGGCUCCCUCCUCGUCAGCUUCACCGUCUACAUCAUCCCCUCCCUCGCCCACAUGGUCACCUUCCGCUCCCCCCAGUCCCGCCAGAACGCGGUGGAGCGGCCGCCGAGGUUCGCCGGAGGAUGGACGGGGGCGUACGUGAUAAACUCGUUCGUGGUGGCGUGGGUGCUGGUGGUCGGCUUCGGCUUCGGCGGCUGGGCCAGCAUCACCAACUUCGUCCACCAGGUCAACACCUUCGGCCUCUUCGCCAAGUGCUACCAGUGCCCGCCGCACCCCGCCCUCUCGCCGCCGGCCGUCGCCCCGGCGGCGCCCUCGCUGCUCAACGCCACCGCCAUCUUCGGCGGCGCGCCGGUGCCGUCUCCAGCUCCGGCGCCGGCCCCGUCGCCGCUCCAUUUCGUUCUUGGACACCACCACCACCACCGGCACCACCGCCACGGCCUCUGAACCGACGAUGCAACACUGCAUGCAUGAUUGUGAUCAAGAUUAUCAGAGAGCUCAAUCGAUCGGUCCUGUUUGGUUAUUUGGAUGCACUAGUUUUUAGCAAGCUAUUAGCUAGCUAGUUGAUGAUCAGCCAUGUCAAUUACCUCAUGAGAUUAUUCUUAGAGCUAGUAGUAAAAGUAAGCCUCUUUUCCUACUGUAUGCUUCUUCU